CAGCGCGGGGCUCGCCUGAGCACAGCCUCGGCCUCUCUACGCCCUCCUUGCCUCGCCCUCGCGGCUGCCUCGCUCCUGCUCACUGCCGGAACAUCUUCCACCAUGGCCACCUCAGCGAGUUCCCACUUGAACAAAGGCAUCAAGCAGGUGUACAUGUCCCUGCCUCAGGGCGACAAGGUCCAAGCCAUGUAUAUCUGGAUUGAUGGCACUGGAGAGGGGCUGCGUUGCAAGACUCGCACCCUGGACUGUGAGCCCAAGUGUGUAGACGAGUUGCCUGAGUGGAAUUUUGAUGGUUCUAGCACUUUCCAGUCAGAGGGCUCCAACAGUGACAUGUACCUUAUCCCUGUUGCCAUGUUUCGAGACCCCUUCCGCAAAGAUCCCAACAAACUGGUGUUCUGUGAAGUUUUCAAGUAUAACCGGAAGCCUCCAGGGCGGCUGGGUCCUGAGGAGGAGCAAGUGCCUGGCAAAGCCAAAGAGAAGGACAGGGAGAGCCUCCCGCUGGAGACAGAGGAGUCACACCUGGAAGAGGCAGCAGAGAGCCAGCAGAAUGGCCAGGAGGGCACAUCCACACCCGAGGAAAAGGAGAGUGGCCGGGAGGGUGGCCACAGACUGGUGGAGGAGGGGACCAGCGACAGCAACACCGGCUCAGAGAGCAACAGUGCUGCUGCGGAGGAGCCGCCCUCAGACCCCAUCCCAGAAGAUGAGAAGAAGGAAUAA